UACGGCCCGCCGCGGUGCGUAGGCGGCGGCAUACAUAAAUUGCGACGCAGGAGGCGGGGCGGCUCAGUCCUCGCGGCGUCGGCGCUCGGUGCGGUUGGAACCUUGUUACGUGCCGGCCUGUGCGCGCGUGCGCGGACAUGGCGUCAAACGACUAUACCCAACAAGCAACCCAAAGCUAUGGGGCGUACCCCACCCAGCCUGGGCAGGGCUAUUCCCAGCAGAGCAACCAGCCCUACGGACAGCAGAGUUACGGAGGUUACGGCCAGUCAGCGGACACGUCAGGCUAUGGCCAGAGCAGCUAUGGCUCUUCCUAUGGACAAACCCAGAACACAGGCUAUGGUGCUCAGUCAGCCCCCCAGGGCUACGGCUCCGCCGGCGGCUAUGGCGGCGGUCAGGGUUCUCAGUCUUACGGGCAGCAGUCGUCCUACCCCGGCUAUGGCCAGCAGCCGGCUCCUAGCAACACCUCUGGAAGUUACGGUAGCAGCUCUCAGAGCAGCGGCUAUGGGCAGCCCCAGAGCGGGGGCUACGGGCAGCAGUCGGGCUACGGCGGACAGCAGCAAAGCUACGGACAGCAGCAAAGCUCUUACAACCCCCCGCAGGGCUACGGGCAGCAGAACCAGUACAACAGCAGCAGCGGAGGUGGCGGAGGGGGUGGCGGAGGUAACUAUGGCCAAGACCAGUCCUCCAUGAGCGGUGGCUAUGGCAGUCAAGACCAGAGUGGCGGCGGCUAUGGGGGAGGCCAGCAGGACCGAGGAGGCCGGGGCCGCGGUGGCGGCGGCGGUGGCGGCGGUGGUUAUAACCGCAGCGGAGGUGGCUAUGAACCCAGAGGCCGGGGAGGUGGCCGUGGAGGCAGAGGCGGCAUGGGCGGAAGUGACCGUGGUGGCUUCAAUAAAUUUGGUGGCCCUCGGGACCAAGGAUCACGCCAUGACUCAGAACAGGAUAAUUCAGACAAUAACACCAUCUUCGUACAAGGCCUAGGCGAGAAUGUUACCAUUGAGUCUGUGGCUGAUUACUUCAAGCAGAUCGGUAUAAUUAAGACAAAUAAGAAAACCGGACAGCCCAUGAUUAACCUGUAUACAGACAGAGAAACAGGCAAGCUGAAGGGAGAGGCAACGGUGUCGUUCGAUGACCCGCCUUCAGCUAAAGCAGCCAUUGACUGGUUUGACGGUAAAGAAUUCUCUGGAAACCCCAUCAAGGUCUCAUUUGCUACUCGCCGAGCAGACUUCAACCGGGGUGGGGGCAAUGGACGCGGAGGCCGAGGGAGAGGAGGACCCAUGGGCCGAGGAGGCUAUGGAGGUGGCGGCAGUGGCGGCGGUGGCCGGGGAGGAUUUCCCAGUGGAGGAGGCGGAGGCGGCGGCCAGCAGAGAGCUGGGGACUGGAAGUGCCCUAAUCCUACUUGCGAGAACAUGAACUUUUCUUGGAGGAACGAAUGCAACCAGUGUAAGGCCCCUAAGCCAGAUGGACCAGGAGGAGGCCCAGGAGGCUCUCACAUGGGGGGCAACUAUGGAGAUGACCGCCGCGGGGGCAGAGGAGGCUACGACCGGGGCGGCUACCGAGGCCGCGGAGGGGACCGUGGGGGCUUCCGAGGGGGCCGGGGUGGUGGGGACAGAGGUGGCUUUGGCCCCGGAAAGAUGGACUCCAGGGGUGAGCACAGACAGGAUCGCAGGGAGAGGCCGUAUUAGGCUGCCCCGAGUUUCUGGAACAGCUACUCUCCUGUACCCAGUGUUACCCUCAUCGUUUUGUAACCUGAUUCCUGAUCCACCCACAGAUUUUUGUGUUGGACUGUAAUUGCAACUAUAUCUCUGGCUCCCAUUAAAGACCAUCAUUUUAGUUAA